CGUUCUUUCCUCGUUGUUGUGCACCUUUCCCUCGUUUCGGAUUGGUUCCCGUGCAAUAUUGGAUCUCUUCGUAAUCGUGAUUCAUCCGUCGUGCCGCGUUGGCUUGAACCGCCGAUGCGGAAAUAACCGCAACGGCGACAACGCGCGAUAAAAAUGCUCUUCGCCUCAUGGCAYGACCGUCGGYAUAAAAAAUCUCUUUUCAUCAUUCCAAGUACCGUACAGUCCGCAGUAAACUGUCGCAUUGCCGGAAUCAACAAACAAUUGUUCCAAUCUUUGUUUCCAUUUUCAUAAAUACACCCAAUACCUUUCAUUACGAUCAUGAAGCUAUCGACCACUGCCAUCAUUCUUGCCGCAUCAAAUGUAAGCCUGAACACGACCAUUUUGCUUUACAAAACGGUCAACCAAGUUCUUGUUCUGCCUCCGAUCCGAAUAACACUAGAACGACAUCGACUAGUUUUCGGCAUGCCAGAGCUCCGACUCACACUCUUCUCUUUUCUAUUGCUCCUGCUCUGUCAAUCGCUUUCUCUCGAAUUCGUCGAUUCAAGUUUUUCUAUGCGAGCGCACAAAACACAACAGUAGCGUCUUGUGCAGCUAAAAUCGGCGUGUCUCAAUCCUGCAUUAGGACCUGCGGUUCAGCUAAUGCAACUGAUUCGGGAUACUCCAACUUGCUUCUCCAAUGCCUAGACGACGCAUCCGGAUUCAAUAUUGCGUCGCAACUAGAAACCUGCUGCAGUAUGUCGGGCACUUGCACCAGCUCCAUGUCGGAUGCCGACGACUGUUUGAAAGCCCAGCUCGCUGACGUCAGGUCAGCAGCCAAUAAUUACCUGGGCUGCAUUUACWCAAGGAGRCUGAACUUUACCUGCCCGUGGGCCACCUWUUGCGUUAACCUCCUGACGGGUGCGGCCGGAACGGGCGCCUCGAACGACUUUAGCGUUGCCAGCGGGUCGAAGCUGGCAACGAUGACCGCUAMUGCCACAACCUGUGACGACAUGUCGCUGUUCGGCAAAGAUGCGUGCAGCACCGUUGCCGGCUGCUGCGAGCCGUGCGCUGAUGRCAUAGCGGCAGUCGUCAACGCCGUUACCAACGACAUUCUUCUCCCCGCCUACGGCGGCGACAACGCUCCCAGUUCGUGCAGCGGGACGUGCGCGGAUUUCACCAGCCGGGUUCGGCAAUUGGAGUCGACCGGGGAAGAACCGGUUGCGGCGGCCCAGGUGGUGGAUCCCGACCAGCUCACCAGGGUUUACGAUAUGGCCCAGGAGUGCACCGACUCCUUGGCAACGGACAUUGCAGCGUACAACCAUACGGUCGCCGUCGAGAACUUCCUUCCCUGCCUGUACAAGAAAAUGGGCAAGAUCAUGGCCGAAACAGAGACGCUGSAGCAGAGCUCCGCCUCGGAAUUCUCCCCCUCCGUCGCCGCUACCGCGGUGGCAUCGGCGGUCUUGGCUGCGUUCGCCUGAGCACGAGUCCGGCUGCUGCGCUCAGAACACCAUWAAUCUUGAAACUUUUUUUUUAAACUUUUACUGGGUCUGCUUUGAGUCUUUGCACGUUUUCGCCCGCGUAUGCAUCUUUGUUUUUCUAUUACAACGGGCGGCCUUUGAAAACAAGCCUAGAGAGUGGUGCUUGAAUUGUCUGCAAUAGUUACUGCCGCGCAUGCCAUCACCUGCCCGGAACUUCUUCAUCGUAUCGCCCAAGGCUUACUAAUUUAUGGCUUUGUCUUUGUCCUAAAAAUUCACAAGAAAACAUUGUAUCAUAG